CUUCGAGCGAGAAGCCACGAAGAACUUCCCAAACCUUACGCCGAAUUCUUCAACGAGGGCGCCACCGACAUGACCACCAUACGCGAGAAUAUCACUGCCUACGUGCGCUACCGGAUCCGUCCGCGCGUGCUAGUCAAGGUCUCCGAAAUUGACACCUCGGCCGUGUGCUCUUCGGCCCCAAGAUGGCCGCUCCGCUGGGAUUUGCGCCGACGACGCUGCACAAUCUCGUCCAUCCGGACGGCGAGAUCGCCACAUCCCGUGCAGCUGCACAUAUGGGAGUUGCUAUGGUAGUCUCGAGUUACGCGUCCACCACGCUCGAGGAGAUCUUCGCUCAGGGACCUGGGGAGAAUCCGUAUGCGAUUCAGGUGGGGAUUGCGAAGGAGAGGGGGUAUACAGUGCAGUUGAUCAAGAAGGCUGAGGAUAGUCAUUCUCUACAAUAAUACUUUCGAGAUGAGGUAUCCAGCCGUCUGAUGCUCCGGCAUUGC